CCAAAUCAAAUAAAUACUUCAAAACGACGUCAUUUUAGAAAGAGUAAAAUCUUCUGUCUAGAAAGAGAAUGUUCUUCUUCCUCCUCGGAUCUCUCUGAUAUUUAUAUUUUUCCUCCUUACGCUCCCCUUUCUCUCUAUCGUCUCACUACUCAUACUCUUUCUUCUAUAAAUAUAAACUUUCCCAGAUAAUUUCCUCUACACAUCUUUUCUUCUGUGUCUCGCUGAUCAUCUCCUCCCGCUAAUUAGAUUUCUAUUAGUAGGUUUAAUGGAUAAGGAGAAGCCUUCGGGUCUUCCUCCUCCUCAUCCACCAGGUCGUUACUCUGCAUUUACACCAAAUGCAAUGAAACCUGAAUCAUCAUUUCCUCACAUAACUCCAAGUGGGAGCAGCUCAGAUGCUAACCGUUUUAGCCACGACAUAAGCCUAAUGUCUGAUAAUCCACCUAAGAAUCUAGGCCACCGCCGAGCUCACUCGGAGAUCCUCACUCUCCCUGAUGACUUGAGCUUUGAUAGUGAUCUGGGUGUGGUUGGUGCUGCUGCUGCUGAUGGACCUUCUUUCUCUGAUGACACUGACGAGGACUUGCUGUCUAUGUAUCUCGACAUGGAUAAGUUCAAUUCCUCUGAAGCGUCUUCUUCUCAAAUGUGUGAGCAGCCAUCAGAACCGGCUUGGAAUGAAAGACCGAGGGUUAGACACCAGCACAGCCAAUCUAUGGACGGGACAACGAGUAUUAAGCCUGAGAUGCUUAUGUCUGGGAGUAAUGAAGAUGCUAAGAAAGCCCUCUCUGCUGCUAAACUCUCCGAGCUUGCUCUCAUUGAUCCAAAACGUGCUAAGAGGAUAUGGGCAAACAGGCAGUCUGCUGCGAGGUCAAAGGAAAGGAAGAUGAGAUACAUUGCUGAGCUUGAGAGGAAAGUACAGACUUUGCAAACAGAAGCUACAACUCUCUCAGCGCAGUUGACUCUCUUACAGAGAGAUACAAAUGGACUGAGUGUUGAAAACAAUGAGCUGAAACUCCGAGUACAGUCAAUGGAGCAGCAAUUUCAUCUACAGGAUGCGUUAAAUGAGGCGCUGAAGGAGGAAGUCCAGCAUCUGAAGGUAUUAACGGGGCAAGGUGUUUCGAAUGGUGCAUCAAUGAUGAACUAUGGUGGCUCCUUUGGAUCAAACCAGCAAUUCUAUCCCAAUAAUCAGUCCAGGCACACUAUGUUAGCCGCGCAACAGUUCCAGCAGCUUCAAAUCCAGUCACAGAAACAGCAGCAGCAGCAACUUCACCAACAACAAAUGUAUCAGCUGCAGCAGCAGCGCAUUCAACAGCAGGAACAACAAAGCGGUGUUACGGAGCUGAGAAGGCCCAUGUCUUCUUCGGGUCUGAAAGAGAGUGUAACGUCUGAUCCUGAGGCUACCUUGACAAAAGACUGAAGAGUGUAGACUGUGUAGUGCUGUCCGAAGAUCUUUCUCUUUCCAAUACAGAGCCGUGGUGUUUUCUCCAUGAUAAGAAGAGGCUCAUUGAUAUAUUGCAUUCUAGAGUUAAAAACAAGACAUCUUAGAAGAUGUAAGUGAAAGCAUGUGUUUGUUGUCUGCUGGUAGUUUACAGUCUUCUCUUUGUACGUUUAGAACUGUGGCUUUGAAUCCAAGUCUUUAGUCUUUUUAACCAGAUUCAAACUC